ACUAGCAUUAACUACUUUGUGAAGUAGGUGCUAUAAUUGCAGGAGUCAGUAAAUAGUCCGGAGCAUGAAUUGAAGGUCAAGCUGCUUUCUACAGCAGCGUAGCUUGAUGUGGAUGCCUGGUUUCAAAAAGGGGGAGGGUGUCGAGACAUCUCUCCGGCUCGUGUGCUUACUCGCCAAAAUCGAAAACCCCUUACCGAAUAUUUUCCUCCGCCAUCAACAAAGCCUUUGCUCCGCCCCAACCCACAGUACUCACGACCACGACUCGAAAAACGCAACCAAUCGCAAUCAAAAAGGGCAAAAUGAAUCGCCAAGACGCCCGCAACCGUUCCAUGCAGAGCAACGCGAGCUCCAGCUCCAGCUCGUCCUCGCAUGUCUCAGUACAGUCCCGAGCUUCCACGCCACGGCCAAACCCGAAUGCACCACUGGAUUGUUUCUAUCCAUUGUACAUGAAGUACAUGAGGACUUAUAUUAGUGCCGUUGACGUCAAUCUCCCACAAAACGCCAAUCUCCCCAUAGACGAGUGGAGGAGGCGUUUGGACGCCUUGGAAGGAAGAUGGGUGGACCUGGUCGAUGCGUGCCAAGAGGCCUUCGAGACUAAUCUUACAUGCCGCACCUGCUUCGACAGACCAGAGACAAUCAUCGCCAACGGAAGCCCACGACAUGCGUAUUCCAGAGAGCUACAACAAAAGGUUACAGAUCUGGUCAAUGACAUGGAGGGCGCGUCCCUGACACGCUUGAACCAGCACAAGCUGGACAACAUCCGCCGAAGAUGGUAUAGUCUGGAACUCCAAUACCAGCAGGAAAAUUUGUCCACACAAUGCCCUGGUCUGAUCGAAAUCGACAAUAGAGAUGAGACCAACUACGGAGAGGACGGACCACCAGAAGGUUUCGGGGAGGGUGAAUAGAUCCUCCACAUGGCGGCCCUAAGUUUUGCAAAGGAUUACUCGAUGUAUAUGUUCCCAAGGAUUGUUUUGAGUAU